AUGAAUUUAUGUUGUUUUGUUGAUGGAACAAAAAGAGUAAAACGUAUUGAAAUCAGUGAACCAGUAAAUUUUGAACAUAAAAUUCAUAUUGGAUUGGAUUCAAUACAUGGAUUUGAUGAAAAUAAUGAUGAAUUAUUGAAAGAAAUUUUUCGAGAAGCACAAUCACUCAUUGCUAAUUAUUUUCAACAAAAAUUAAUAGCAAAAGAAUGGUAUUUGGCAAGAAAAGAUGAGUGGAAAUUAAUCAAACAACAGCGUAGUUUAAAAAAUACAAUGGAUAGCAUACGUCUUCGAUGUAACAAACAAUCAAGGCCAACUUUAAAUAUUGUCAAAUAUUUUGAUCAAGUUAAGAAGAUGAAUCAUCUAAAAGAUAAAACUCUCGAAGAAUAUUACUAUGAAAGUGAAAGAAAGCAGAUAAAAUGCACGAUGAACUGUAGCAAGGAAUUCAACAACGAUAGUAAUAGCUGA